AUGUCUCCACAAGAACUCAAAGACUUGGUGGAAGACUCACUGCGUGCUGUUGCCGCUGAAAUGGCAAUGGAAGAGUUACAUGAAAAACGCGUUGAUUUUGUUCAAAAAGUUCAACAAGUGGUUUCUGAAGAUCUGUUUAAAAAUGGUUUAGAAUUAGAAACGAAACUGAACAAGCACGCUUGCAAAUUCUACGUGAAGAAGAAUAUGCAAAACUUCAACAAGAGCGAGAAAUCGCCAUUCGUAAAGCUGAGCAAUCGGCAGAAAUUGCAACGCAGGAAGCCGCAAAAAAACGUGAAGCAGAAGAAGCUCAAAUUGCUGCUGAACCUGAUCCAAAAAGCACAAGUCGAACAGAAGAAAACCAUUGAAUUGGCCGAGCAAGAUCGUGCGAUUGCAAUUGCUGAAAAAUCACGUGCUGAAUCUGAAGCCAAAGCGUUGGCUGACCAAGCACGUGCACAAGCAGUAAAAGCGGAAGAAGAAGUGACAACUGUUCGUGAAACUCAGCGUGCAGAGCGUUUAAAAGCCGUUGAAUUGGUGGCUGCAAAGCAAGUCGCUGAAACAGAUGCGAUUGCGAUUACCGUAGCAGCAGAAGCCGCUAAACAGGCAGCUGCAGAUGAUGCAGAAGCAGUCCGAAUUGCAGCACAAGCGGAUGCUGAAAAAAUACGUUUAAAAGCCAAAGGUGAGGCAGAUGCAAAAAUGUUGCUUGCUGCGGCACAAGAAAAACAAUAUCAAGUUGAUGCUGAAGGUACGCGUGCUGUCAAUGAAGCCAACAACGUGCUUUCAACAGAACAAGUUGAGAUGCAAAUUCGUUUAGCCUUAUUGAAAUACUUACCUGAAAUCAUUCGUGAAAGUGUUAAACCAAUGGAAAAUAUUGAUGAUAUCAAGAUUCUUCAAGUCAAUGGUUUAGGCGGUAUGGCAGGUUCAAAUACAACAGGUGAAUCUGGUGAACAAAAUCAAAUUGCUUUGUCUGAUCAAGUGGUCAAUAGCGCAUUGCGCUACCGUUCUCAAGCCCCACUGAUUGAUAGCUUAAUGAAUGAGUUAGGCAUUAAAGGCGGUGAUAUUAAUGGUUUAACGCAAUCCUUAAAACCAAGCAAUGACUAA